UUGGGAUUCGUACAGGGUGAGUAAAGGAAUUUUUUUUCCGGGUUCUUUUCGGCGGCCUCAGAGGGGAUCUGGCUCCAUGACGGCGGAGGGGAUAGCGGAUGCUUUGAGAUCACCGAGCCAGUGGGUCGAGAUGCCGAUUCUGAAGCAAUCCCCCAUCUCCCAGUCGAAGAAGAGGCCCCGCAUCGGCCGGGACAUGAUCAGCGCCCCGCUGGGGGAUUUCCGGCACACCAUGCACGUCGGCCGGGGCGGGGAUGCCUUCGGGGACACCUCCUUUCUCAGCAACCACGGGGGCCCCAAGGCCAACGGGCUGCCCCCCACCACCGAGGCCUUGGCACCGGCUCAGUCCCCCAGCCGCCUCUCGGGGUCCUCCGGCAGCCCGGCUGAUUUGGGGGGUGGCCCUGGUGCCCUGGAUUUGCCCCCCCCUGGCUGGGAGGGGGAACUGCAACACGCCGAGUCCCUCUUCUCCUUCGAGUUGGAUCUGGGGCCGUCCAUUCUGGACGAGGUGUUGGGGGUCAUGGACAAGGGCGGGGAGCAGCCCCGGAGCGAGGACGUAAGGGCGGAGAGGCCGGUGGGAGGACAGGGGCUGGGCCAUGGGGCAGCUCCCCAGGUAGGGGAGGAGGAAGAGGAGGAAGAAGAAAAGGAGGAGGAGGAGGAAGGCUCCGGGCAUGGAUACACAUUUGAUGAUGAGCUGGAUGAUGAGAUUGGGCUAUAGGAGAGGAGGUUCAGCUCCCCUCCAUUCCCCCCUAUUCCCUCCACCCAUCCAUCUUUCUGGUCCCCCAUCCCUUCAUCCACGCCCCUGCUGCUUCAGCCAUCCACCUCUUCCCUUGCAUGUGUUCUCUUGUUCUUUCCUUCUUCCUCACCCUUCUUUCAUGCUCUUCCCCCUUCUCUUUCUUUUGCUCCUGCUCUCUUUCCCUUCCCCUCUUCCACCAUUUCUUCCUUUCGUUCUUUUCUUUUGUUCACUUAUUCUUACCUCCCAGCCGGCCCCCUCCCCAUGGCAGUACCGGUUCUCCGAGGAUGGUGAUCCUACCUUCAAUGGAAAGCCCAAUGUGUUUGAUCCUAAUUUUCACCUCCUUGUCUGUAUGGAUUUCUGGAAUCCUAAUCCACCCACCCAUCCGUUGACUGGUCAACUCGUCAAUACGUCUAUCUAUUAAUGAGCCCCUCAAUCAAUCCACCAACCCACCUGUCAAUCCAUUUGUCAAUCAACCCGUCAAUUGAUCAACAAUCAAUCUACCACCAAAAAACAAUCGGCCCAUUGGCUGACAAAAUGAGCUAUCAACAGUCAGCCCCCCCCGCCCCCUGGCCCAACUCAUCAAUUGGCCAAUGGACCCAUCAACCAUCAAUCCACCAAUUGACCUGCCAACUAGGUUAUGUACCAACUAAUUGACCCAUGGAACAGUCAACAAUCAACCAAGCAGCCCUUCAACCCAUCAGCGGACUAGUCACGAAUCAACCUGCCAAUCGACCAGUCAACCGACCCGUGGAACAAUCAACAAUCAAUUAACCAAUUGACCAACCAAUCAUCUCAGCAAUUGAUCAAAUAACCCACCAGUCAGUCAGCAUCCCCCAUCCUCUCCCUCGUUCCCCUCUCCCAAUGGGAGAAGGAACUCCUGAACUGAAAGAAGAGACACUUUGAUGUUGGUUUUAUGUGUAUCUAUCUCACACCCCAUCUGGACUCCGGGGUCACAAGAGAUGGACUUGGACAAGAGCAGUGGCACUGGGGUGGAUGGGGGGCAUGGAUCAGCCAUGAGAAAAGUGAUUUGGGUAACACUGUGAAAAUGACCUGAGUUCCCUCCUUCCCCACCCCCUAUUUCAUACCUGGGGCUCCCCACCACAUGGAAGGAAAGUUACUUGAGACAUUAAUGGAUUAUAUUCACCAGGGGUGGAGGGCUGAGAGUCUCAUGGGUUAGAGCAGAGGGGGCUGGGAGCCAGGACUCCUGGGUGCUCUCCCUGGCUCUGGAGGAGGGGAGUGGGGUCUGGUGGUUAGAGCAAGGGGGCUGGGAGCCAGGACUCCUGGGUUCUCUCCCUGGCUCUGGAGGAGGGGAGCGGGGUCUAGUGGUGAGGGCAGUGAGGGCUGGGAGCCAGGACUCCUGGGUUCUCUCCCUGGGUCUGGAGGAGGGGAGUGGGGUCUAGGGGUGAGGGCAGUGGGGGCUGGGAGCCACGACUCCUGGGUUCUAUCCCCAGCUCUGUCAUUGAUCCCCUGUGUCCCCCCAGGCAAGUCCAUGGGUCAGUCUGUGCCUCAGUUUCCCUCUCUAAAGUGGAGCUCAUGGUGCUGCCCCAAGGAGGAGGUGAGGGGAGGGAGGGCUUUGGGUUUCUCUGAUGAAAGCUGCUACCUGGGUACUAGGGAUGAGCCCGCCUCCCAGCCACGGAGUGCGGGGGGCGGGGGGGCAAGGCUGGAGGCUGACCUGAGCUCCAUCCGGAGCCACCCCCAGACUGCCACGGGGGGCAAGGACGUGGUCUGAUCUUGUGCUAAUUCCUGGGUCUCCUCACCCCACGGUGUGUCCGCUGCGAGCCCCAGGCCUGGCACGCUGCCUUUAACGCCUGCCCCCGGCCCUCCGUGUCUCUGCCCGCCCCCCAUGUUAAAUAGCAGGAUGGAUCUCUGCGUAUAUUUUUUUAUAUCUCUGUAUAUUGCCCCCCUCCCCCCCCGCGGUGUAUAAAUGUCCAUUCCCCUCCCCCAGCCCUGCCUCGAGUUCACUCUCAAGCCAAUCUUUCUGGGGAGAGAGAAAUGUUUGUGUUUCUUACCAUUAAAGCGCGACCUUCGGUCCGGA